AUGGAGCACCCGGAGCUGAAGGAUGAAAUUGAUGAAGAAGUUCGACCAAUUUUACAUCAAUUGAAUACGAUUUCCACUCAACUGAAUGAAAUCUUUAUCGAUGAAAUUAAGGAAUUUAACUCGCCUCAAGUUGAUACCAAUUUUCCUGACCAACCCCAACCUUACACAACUACUGAUGAACAAAAGAAGGAUGAUCCACCGUCCGAAAACCCUACGAAAUCAGGGAAAUCCGCAAUUGCGUCAGCAAUUUCUGAAUUAAAAUGUUGUGGCAACGAUACGGAUGAGGAGAUGGAGGAGCUGCUAAAAAGCUUUCGGGUGAAAGUCAUGAAGCCAGGGACUAUGAAAAAAGCUGUACGAUGGAAUGACAUUACAGGAUACGAAGCUGUGAAAAAGAAAAUCAUUACAAAAAUCCUGCGGCCAAUCAAGUACCCACACUUAUUCCCCGGCCCGUCGUCCAUGGACCGUAAUAUUUUGUUUUACGGUGCACCUGGGACAGGAAAAACGACAUUCGGAAAAGCGAUCGCUACAGAACUGGAAUUUAGCUUUCUCUGCAUCACCAGUGCUGACAUUAACACAAAGUGGAGGGGAGUUGCUGAACAGAAAAUUAGGGCUGCUUUUAAAGUAGCCCGAGAAAAUGUACCGUGUGUAAUGUUUUUCGACGAGGUUGAAAGCUUGCUUCGAGCACGAUCGGAUGAUGGCGGAGGUCCAGACACGGUACAAGAGUUCCUUGCACAAACUGAUGGCGUGGAUGACACCACCGACAAUACGUGGGUAAUCUGGAUUGGUGCAACAAAUUUGCCAUGGAUGAUAGAUUCAGCAGUGGCAAGGAGAUUUGGAAGCAAACUACUUAUUGAUUUACCCAAUGAGCCAACUAGGGCCGAUAUUUUCCUCCACGGUCUCUUGAGACUAAAGGAAACCGUAAGGAUGGACAUCUCCGAUACACCAGGAGGUGCAAAUGAAGUCCAUUUAAGGGUAGCCGAGAGGACAAACUUUUUCUCACCCUCGGAUAUGUCAAUGCUACUGAAUGAUAUCCGUGACAAGAGGUGGGAUGUUUGUGACUCUGCUAUGUAUUUUAAAAAAGUUUAUGCACGCGACCCUUCUACGGGACUGCACGACAAGACGAAAAUUAGAUGGACACCUUGCAACGAAUCAUCGCGUGGAGCCAAACGGAUGACAAUCGCAGAUAUAAACAUAAAUGAGAUUGAGCUACCAGCAAUAAGUUGGAGCAUGAUUGAUAAAUGCUUGGUGCAACGAAAACCGACAAUUUCUUCGAACGGUACCGACAAAAAAGAACAAAAACAAAAGUCCUGUGAAUGA